GGAAGGUAUGGAUACAUUGUUGUUUUGCCGGCUUCAUGAAGUAAACUAAAAGCUUCGGUUUGGCUUUUUCUUCAUUUGUACCACUAACUUAACUGAAACGCUAAACUCUUAGCAUUAAGCUGCUAGCCUGUAGCGGCCCGCAGUGCGGAAGUCUCAUCAUCUCUCACGAGGAUGCCACAAACAAACAAGUCAAGAAACGCCGCGGCGUGCGACACCAAGGGCUCAGUCCAGGCGGGAGAGGACACGGAGCCGGCGUCCAGGGAGGAGAGCCGGGCUGCGGGGGACGCAGGAGGAGGAGGAGGAGACGGAGGAGAGGACAAUGUUGGAGACAGCCAGAUCAUCAAGUCACCGAGUGACCCUAAACAGUACAGGUACAUCGUGUUAGACAACGGGCUGCGAGCUCUUCUCAUCUCGGACUACAGUGGAGCGGCAGCGUCAGAGGAGGAAGACUCGGAGGAAGAAGAGGAAGGCGAAGAAGAAGAGGAAGAGGAGGAGGAGGAGGAUGAAUCUGGAGACGAAAUGGAGGAAGAGUCCGAGGAAGACGACGAGGGCAGUGAGGAAGAAGAGGGCGAGACGGGGAAGAAGAAGAAAGGAAAUGCAGAGAAACAGUCUGCAGCAGCGCUGUGCGUUGGCGUGGGCAGCUUCAGUGACCCCAGCGACCUCCCCGGCCUCGCACACUUUCUGGAACACAUGGUGUUCAUGGGGAGUGAGAAGUACCCCUCAGAAAACGGCUUUGAUGCCUUCCUCAAGAAGCACGGCGGGAGCGACAACGCCUCAACCGACUGUGAGAGGACCAUCUUCCAGUUUGACGUCCAGAGGAAAAGCUUCAAAGAGGCUCUUGACAGGUGGGCUCAAUUCUUCAUCUGCCCCCUGAUGAUCCGAGACGCCAUCGAUAGGGAGGUGGAGGCCGUUGACAGCGAGUACCAGCUGGCUAAGCCAUCUGACUCCCACAGGAAGGAGAUGCUGUUUGGGAGUCUGGCCAAACCUGGACACCCUAUGGGCAAAUUCUGCUGGGGCAACGCGCAGACACUGAAGCAGGAGCCAAAGAAGAAGAAGAUCAAUGUCUAUAAGCGGCUGCGUGCCUUCUGGAAGAAACACUACUCAGCCCACUACAUGACUCUGGCUGUGCAGUCAAAAGAGAAGCUGGACACUCUGGAGGAGUGGGUGAGAGAGAUCUUCAGCAAGGUGCCUAACAAUGGUCUGCCGCAACCAGAUUUCUCUGACAAGCUGGAUCCCUUUGACACACCCUCCUUCAGCAAGCUCUACAGAGUCGUUCCCGUGAGGAAGGUUCAUGCCUUGAAUAUCACCUGGGCUCUUCCCCCUCAGGAGAAACACUACAGAGUGAAGCCUCUCCACUACAUCUCUUGGCUGAUUGGCCACGAAGGCACAGGAAGCAUCCUCUCGGUACUUAGGAAGAAGUGCUGGGCCCUGGCUCUGUUUGGAGGAAACAGCGAAACUGGCUUUGACCAAAACACCACCUAUUCCAUCUUCUCCAUCUCCAUCACACUCACUGACGAGGGUUUCCAAAACUUCUACCAGGUGACUCAACUUGUGUUCCAGUACCUGAAGAUGUUGCAGACACUCGGACCACAGCAAAGAAUAUAUGAAGAGAUUCAGAGGAUUGAAGCGAAUGAGUUUCACUAUCAGGAGCAGAUCGACCCUAUAGAAUAUGUAGAGGACGUGUGCGAAAACAUGCAGCUGUUCCCUAAAGAAGACUUCCUGACAGGAGAUCAGCUGAUGUUCGAGUACAAUCCAGAAGUGAUCAGUGCAGCUCUGUCUCUCCUCACGCCCGAGAAAGCCAACUUGAUGCUGUUGUCACCAGAACACGAGGGCCGGUGUCCCCUGAGGGAGAAGUGGUUUGGCACACAAUACAGCAUGGAAGACAUCGAGCCGGAGUGGAUGGAGCGGUGGACGGGGAACCUGGAGCUGAACGGCGAGCUCCACCUUCCUGCAGAGAACAAGUUCAUUGCCACUGACUUCACCCUGAAGCCGUCUGACUGUCCGGACGCGGAGCUCCCAGUCCGGAUAGCCGACAGCGACAGGGGCUGCCUGUGGUACAAGAAGGACAACAAAUUCAAAAUCCCAAAAGCCUACGUCAGAUUCCACAUAAUCUCUCCAGUAAUCCAACAAUCUGCUAAGAAUAUCGUCUUGUUCGACCUGCUGGUCAACAUCUUGGGCCACAACCUGGCAGAGCCGGCCUACGAAGCUGAAGUGGCCCAGCUGGAGUAUAAGCUGGUGGCCGGUGAGCACGGCCUGGUCAUCAAGGUCAAAGGGUUCAACCACAAACUGCCUUUGCUGUUCAACCUGAUCGUCGACCACCUGGCCGACUUCCAAACAUCCUCGGACGUCUUCACCAUGUUUGCGGAGCAGCUCAAAAAAACCUACUUCAACAUCCUCAUUAAACCCGAGAAGCUCGGCAAGGAUGUGCGUUUGUUGAUCUUGGAGCACUCUCGCUGGUCCAUGGUGGAGAAGUACCAGGCUCUGACAGCCGGCAUCACCAUGGAGGAGCUGAUGGAUUUCAGCCGGAGUUUCAGGGCCGAGCUGUACGCCGAGGGACUGGUGCAGGGGAACUUCAGCAGCGCGGACUCGGUGCAGUUCCUGCAGUAUGUCACAGAUAAGUUGCAGUUCUCCAAGCUGCCAGCAGAGGUGCCAGUUAUGUUCAGAGUGGUAGAGCUUCCUCUGAAGCACCACAUCUGUAAAGUCAAAUCACUGAAUAAAGGAGACGCCAACUCUGAGGUCACUGUUUACUAUCAGUCGGGUCCUAAAGCUUUAAGGGAGCACACGCUGAUGGAGCUGUUGGUGAUGCAUAUGGAGGAACCCUGCUUUGACUUCCUCAGGACCAAAGAGACUCUGGGAUACCACGUCUACCCCACCUGCCGAAACACCUCGGGCGUUCUGGGCUUCUCCGUCACCGUGGAAACACAGGCCACCAAGUUCAACACCGAGCUGGUGGAGUCAAAGAUUGAGGAGUUCUUGGUUUCAUUCGGGGAGAAGCUCGGCGCGCUCACUGAGGAGGCCUUUAAAACUCAGGUCACUGCUUUGGUGAAGCUGAAGGAGUGUGAGGACACACACCUCGGGGAAGAGGUGGACAGGAACUGGGCCGAGGUGGUAACACAGCAGUACGUGUUCGAUAGGCUCAACAGAGAGAUUGAGGCUCUGAAGCAGAUGACCAGAGCCGAGCUCGUCUUCUGGUUCCAGGAUCAUCGCCAACAAAGCAGCCGCAAGCUCAGCGUGCAUGUGGUGGGAUUUGGUGCUGAGGAGAAUGAUGAGGAAGGCGGUGGUAAAAAACAAGAAGGAGAAGAAGGCAAAGAGGAUAUAAGCGGUUCCACCUAUGGUGAAGUGUCUAAGCUCACUUUCCUUCCCGCCUCACCCAAGAUGGCGGACGCCAUCGCCAUCAUGGAUAUCCCUGCUUUCAUUCAAGACCUGCCCCUCUUCCCCUACCACAAGAUACUCGAAUAAACUCGUUCUCAGACGGUGACACAGACAGAUGGCUGAGCUUUGCCUCUUACCGAGCCACGUUCAGGGACUGUGCCUCAUUAGAGAUGCAGGCACUUAAUAUGUGAAGGAAGGUUGAAAACAGCUUUGGCUCCUCUCUGGACCUGGACUCUUCCUCUGGAGAACAGCUGUAGGUUUUAGCCACACUGUGUGCAUAAGCAAGAAGCCUGGGCGUGAUGAUAGAGUUUUCUUUUAGCUAGCUGAUAAUCUAUUCCGCUUUCUCACACUCAAUUAUUUUACAUGCUCAGACCCUGGGAGAGUGGUAGCGCUCUGUCUUUCUCUCCGCCGCAUAUUGACCGAAAAAUCUCUGAAUCAAACUCUCAUUUAUUUGGUACUCUGAGCUCGGCUGAUAUGACAAGACUGAACCCCGGGUCUUUUCCACUGUUUUGCGUCGGAGCCCAGACUAAUUUUAAUGCCAUUUACAGAAACAAAUUAACUGUGAAACCCUUUUACCGCCAGUUGUGUGGAUUUGAGAGACUGUGUUGGAUUUUCAAGUGCUGGUGUGUGCUACUGUUUUUUUUUUUUUGUUUGUUGUUUUUUUUUUUAGUUAGUUUGUUUUAGGGCAGCCUGGAUCAUGCUAUGAUGUGACACUUUGCAAAGGAAUAAAUCAAUGAGUGAUGCAAAGCAGCAAUUUAAGUCAUCUUCACAGUAAAGGUACACUGAGAGAAAUCGAAAGUUCAGAUUAUUUUGAUUUAUUUUUACAGCGUUUUCUCUAUCAGCUCAUUCUAAACAUGGAGGUUAUGUACUGUACUGACAUUUUGUGUAUUUUCUUGCGUGCGAAUGCUAACAUUGCUCACAGACCAGUAAUUUUCUUGGCGUACAGUCACAUUAAACAACACGCGCAACGCGGACAAACUGAGCGCUGUGUGGCAAACAGGAAGGUCAUUUAAAAGUCAGAAUUGUUUGCAUGCCGGUGACUCAUUAUGUUUGUGGUGAUUUAAACAGCUAUAAAUUAUGUGAAAAUGAUACAUUACUCACAGGCUCUCUGGCUUAUCCCUGAAGAAAAGGUUGUUGCAGGGGAUACUGUGUUGGGCUUCUGGUUGGUGACACUUUGUGCUAUUGAAUGUAAUUAAAAGCUAAUCUGGAGCCCAGCCCAGCAGAGCGUGCUAACAGAAUUGACUAAUACGCCCACAGGGACAUCUAGUACUGUAGCAAAGUCUUCACCUGCGGUAGCCUCACGUGUAAUUACAACUGUGUUACCUGGACAAUGGAUGGCAAGAAAGCUUGUUCAAAUAAAAAUGAUAAGCUUCA